CGCCGGAACGUGCGGUCCCGCGUAAUCGAGCGUUUUACAUUUAUCGCGUUUUCUGUGCUCGGCAGACGGACAGACCCGGUUCGUAGCCCAAUCUCGCCAUGAUCGGCGUGUUCAGCACGGUCGUCAGCCAAUCCCGGCUCACCCGGAUCAAGCUGGUGACCAUCGACAACCCGGCUUUCCGCGUCCACUACCGGUUGACGUUCGCUAUACUGUUGGCGUGCACCACGCUGGUGUGCAGCCGUCAGUACAUCGGAGAGCACAUCCGGUGCAUUGCCACCGGCGUGCCCAACAACGUCGUCAACACGUACUGCUUCUUCACCGCCACGUACACGGUGCCGGACACCAACCACUCGGCCCACCCGGGCGUCGGUCCCGUGCACUGGGACUCGCACACCGUCCGGCACUCGUACUACCAGUGGGUGCCAUUYGUGCUGUUCGGCCAGGCGCUGCUGUUCUACUUGCCGCAUCUCAUAUGGCGCUCGUACGAGUCGGGCACCAUCGCGCUGCUCGUCAACGGUCUGCAGCGGCUGUACAUCAAGGUGGACGGUGACAAGGACGUGUCGGUGCCCGGUUCCAGGGUCAUACCGUCCGAGGCGACCAGGUGGGCGAAAAUGCGGGACGUCAUGAACCAUCUGGACACGGUCACCCGGUUCCGGUUGAACCGCAACUGGGCAGCGGUGCUCAUCGGGUGCGAGCUGCUCAACCUGGUCAACGUCGUUUUCCAGAUGAAGCUCAUGGACAAGUUCCUGGGCGGCCAGUUCUACGGUUACGGGCUGCACGCGUUCGACGACGACAACGGCAACAGGCUGUUCGACCGUGUGUUUCCCAAGAUGACCAAGUGCGACUUCCACAAGUUUGGGCCGUCCGGCACCAUGCAGACGCACGACGCCAUGUGCGUGAUGGCGCUCAACAUCAUCAACGAGAAGAUCUACGCCGUCCUGUGGUUCUGGUUCGUGCUCGUCCUGUUGCCCGUCAGCGUGUCCGCGCUCCUGUGGCGCGUGGCCCAGUACAUGCUCCACUCGCACGAGUCCUUCAACCGGCUGCUGCUGCGCGAGGCGUCCCCUGGUGCUCGCCUCGACCCCGUCGACCUGGCCGUCAUCGCCAGGCAGACCACGUACUCCGACUGGCUGUUCAUGUACUACCUGUCCGGCAACAUGGACGGCAUCGUCUUCCGAGACCUGUUGCACAGUUUCGCCACYGGACUCCGGAAGGAACCGGGUUCGCAGGACAGCGACGACGACGACACGGCGCCACUGGGCAAGGCAAUCAUCUGAUCAACGCCACUGCCAUCAACGUCGGCCACGCGCACGACCACCGUUUAUAAUUUAUUGCAAUAUUAUAUUUGAUCACAAUACGUAAGACGAUGGUCCUGCAAAGGUCUAGUCGAGUUUUGUGUUAGUCAUCCCUUAAUUUUCUCAAAAAAAAAAAAAAAAACCAGUCGUGUGCGUCCGUGGGUACGUUUUUCCCUUCUACCCUCCCCCACCAACCGAUCCACCCACUCCCCCGUGAUAAAUUCACAUUUUUAUACUGUCACUGCCCCGCCCCCCACCCCGCCACCUUUAUGUAAUCCUAAUAAUCCUAUAGUGACAAAUUUAUAUUAUAUACGUCUUAUAACAACUCAAUAGAAUAUUAUAUUAUUUGUAAUGUCGCGGUGGUGUCACGAUCCCGCCAGCUUU